AUGUACGGGCCUGCUCACUACACCAGGCGGGAUGGUGGCGAGGUCAAAUCCGUGCUUCACAAGGAAAAUCAGGUUAGCUGGUUCUUUGGAGGCAGGCAUCCAAAAGGGCUCCAGCUCUUACUGUCCGAUCCCCGACUUCCAACUCUUAGCUCCAACUUCCGCUGUCCGAUCCCCGACUCCACUUCUAACUCCAACUUCCGCUGUCCGAUCUCCGACUUCCAUCUUCUAAGCUCCAACUUUCCGCAUUCCGAUUCCGACUUUCCAACUUCAAGCUCCAACUUCCGCUGUCCGAUCUCCGACUUCCAACUUCUAAGCUCUAACUUCCCUCCAACUUCCGCUGUCCGAAUCCUCCGACUUCCAACUUCUAAGCUCUGCUCUCCUGUCCAACUCUCCGCUUUCCAACUUCUAAGCUCUAACUUUCCUCCCGGGCCGAUCUCCGACUUCCAACUUUUAAAACUCCAACUUCCAAAUGUCCGAUCUCCGACUUCCAACUUUUUACUCCAACUCCGCUCUCCAACUUUCCCCUGUCCGAUCCUGACUUCCAACUUCAAGCUCCCCCAGCUACUCACUGUCCAAAUCUCCGCUUCCAACUUCAAGCCCAACUUCCCCCUGUCCGACCCCGACUUCCAACUUAAACUCCAACUUUCCCCUGUCCGAUCCCCGACUUCCAACUUUAAAGCUCCAACUUUCCCCGUCCCCAACCCCACUUCCCAAGGGGGGGCUAACUCCAACUUCCGCGUCCCCAUCCCCACUUUCCCAAAUUCUAAGCUCCAACUUCCGCUCUCCAAUUCCGCUGUUCCGUCCCCGACUUCCACUUCUAAGUCCAAUUCCCGGCCGAUCCCACUUCCAAAUUUCUUAAGCUCCAACUUCCGCUGUCCGUCCCCGACUCCAACUUCUAAACUCCAACUUCGGGUGUCCAAUCCCCGCUUCCAAAAUUCUAACGCCAACUCCGUCCGAUCCCCACUUCCAACUUCAAGCUCCAACUUCGCUUCCCAUCCCGACUUCCAACUUCUAAGCUCCAAAUUCCGCCGUCCGAUCCCCGACUUCCAACUUCUAAAACUCCAACUUCCGCCGUCCAAUCUCCGACUCCAAUUAAGCUCCAACUUCCCUGCGAUCUCCGACUCAAUUCUCUCCAACUGCCCGUCUGAUCUCCGACUUCCAAAUUCUAAGCUCCAACUUCCGCUGUCCCCAUCCCCGACUUCCAACUUCUAA